GCGUCGCCGUGCACGCGAGAAACCUCCAGGAUGAUGACCGAUCUGGAAUAUGCGCGGCUGUACCUCAGCCUGCAGAUCAACGAGGCAGUGUCCUGGUGGUGUUUCUACAUUCGCGAGAUCUCGUGGCAGCUACUCAUCGCCCUGCUGGCAUACCUCUGCGUCUGCAUCUUCCUCUAUGCGAUUCUCAAACGGGUGGGCCAUGCCGCCUGGCAGCUACCGGGACCACCCAGCAGACUCCUCCUGGUCACCGCUCAUCCCGACGACGAGGUGAUGUUCUUCGGACCGCUGGUCUACUGGCUAGCGCGUACCAAGGCUAGCGAGAUCUACCUGCUCUGCUUAUCUAUGGGUGGAGAUCGAAGGAGGACAGACGAGCUGUGGGCGUGCACAAGGGUGUUGGGAAUCCCAGAGGCUAACGUGACGAUCAUCAUGAGCAGCGAAUUGCCAGACGAUCAAGAUGUGCAGUGGCCAACAGACACGGUCGCGGAGAGCAUUCUCCAAUACGUAGAAAUGUAUAAAAUCAAUGCUGUCGUGACGUUCGACAAAUACGGAGUGAGCCGGCAUAAGAAUCAUAUCUCCUUGUAUUUUGCGAUCGCCGCGUUGUGUAUAGAAAAAAUACCUCCUUAUUGCAAACUGUAUGUGUUAGAGUCCGUUAAUAUAAUCAGGAAGUACAUUCAACUCUUAGAUUUGCCCAUCAGUCUACUCUCAGCCUCGUAUUGGUAUCUGGUGACGUAUGAACAGAAGCGAACGAUCAAAAGUGCUAUGGCCGCACACAAGUCUCAAUAUGUCUGGUUUCGAAAAUUGUACAUGAUCUUUUCGCGAUAUACGUUCAUCAACACUCUUCAAGAAGUCAGUGCCCUCGAUCUGGAGCUGGAUCUCCAGUUCGACGAGGACUGAGCAUUGCUCGACGAACGAAGAAAUGUACAAAAUAUAAUAUUAACUGUACAUACUUUGUCUACCAGUGAAUAUUACGUUAAUGUAAAUUAUAUGAAAUGAAAACUACGUACCAAAGUAAUUAACACGAAAACUUUGAAAUAUAUAGAGCCAUACUUGAUAAGC